GCAGGCAGUGUCUCGACAGUCAACGCGGGGUUUUGCGUUUCUCUACGGAUGGUGCGACUGCCAGGGCUGAGUAAAGGCUGCCAGACGUGCCGGCGGCGCUCUAUCAAGGUACUAGUAAGAGUCCACCAGGCCUGGAAUCACGGUCUAACCAGCAUCUUAGUGCGACGAACGGAGGCCGGAAUGCUCCCAGUGCGUCAAGGCUGGCCGUACAUGUCCUGGUGCGUUGGCGGGGAACAUAUUCUUGCAUGCCGAACCCCAUAAUCCGCUCAAAUAUCACCGGCUGGAGGCUGUCCCCGUGCUUCGACCUCAACGACGACAUGAAUCAACACACAAUGCUGAUUGCCGCCUUUCACUUCCAUCAUCCCCUCAUGCAUAUCCUUCAAGAUGCGGUACGGUUUGCACAGUUUCCAACCCCCAGUCCCUUGUCAGUCCUCACGCUAUGCUGGAGGGACAAAUGGUCUCGGAUUUCAUCUCGUACUUUUCCAGAUACGCCGUUAACCAGCUGCGGAGCUUCUCCUGGAUGCAUCUAUGCCCCCAGAUGAUGCGCCAGAAGCGGCCCGACUGGCGGGCAUGUAUUCUCGCGGGCUCGCUGGCGUUAUACGGAACCACUGUCGGUAAUCGAGGGGCAACGGUCGAGUCCUACCGGCUGUAUGAUCAGGCCCUGUGGCAUAUUCGUCGUAGACUCGCCGAUGCGAAUACUGUUGCCGAGUUAGUCCCAGAAGAUGUCGGCAGCCUGCUUAUCCUGAGCUACUAUGAGAUCCAUGCCCCGACUACCCCCGUCGCUCAUUUUGAGCACAUCAAGGCCGCAUCCACCUUGUUGGUCAUGGUGGGACCGCACCGUUGUCGAGAAGGGUAUUGGCAUCAGAUGUUCCAGAGCGUGAGGCUGCAUAUGCUCUUCUUUUCCCUCACCAGAUGGACGUCUACCUUUUUCGCAUCCCAGGAAUGGACAACAAUACCAUACACAAACCAACGGAAGCUGGCCUCAGACGAUCUCACCAUUCUUCUCCUACACUAUCCCCGUCUUCUUUCUCGUCCACAUCCCCCCAACACGCUAGACUCAAAUUCCGAUACUCCUUCCUCUGAGCAACUCGGAGCUGCGUCCCUAAUCAUGCAAGAACUCUGUUUUGUUCGGCAGAAACUUGUCUCCCAACUUUCACUGGUUCAAGUCCACGAUCAACCUGAAGUACAGGUCCCAUUACCAAUCAACUACUCCCCUACCAACUCCGACGAGGCAACAGCCGUAACAAUGUACAGCCUAGCCUGCAUACUUGUCCUUGUCCGGAUUGAAAACAGUGACUUCCUGCUCACAGCUCACUGUGACGUCAUCCUCGGCGCAGCGGCUGCGGUCGCCAGCUUCGGCGAUGGCUGUGGACUCGUGAGGAUGGCAUUUCCACUAGCCACCGUUGUUCGAUAUAGUACUGAUCUCGUGCAGAAGGGAAGUGCAGAGAAAAUGCUGCAGAGCUGGCGGACCGAUUAUGGACUUAUCGGUCUCCCUCUCGUGAUAUAGGGCAUGUGUCAUGGCAGGUCCAUGUUAACGUCUAAUGAAUGCAUAGUAUUAAAUAUCUGAGGAUAACUCCUUAUUCAAUUUGAAGACUGUAAC